GGGCCAGUGCUCCCAUCUGCCGCUCGCCCCCACGGGACCCGCAGCCACGCAACCAGCGCAGCGCCCAUUGGCUGCCCCGCACCAGCCAUCUGCAGCUUCCAGCCAGCACAAUAGGCGUCCGGGCCUUUAUAGAGCGGGGGAGCCGCCGUGCUUGCUCCCAGAGGCCAGCUGGCUCCGCGCUGAAGACACGACGGCGGGCACGGGCAAGAGACGCCGACGUCGCCACCACCACCAGCAGCAGCCCCGGCUAACAAAAGCCUGAACGGACGCGCCAAGCGGGAGAGCCCUUGCGCCAAGUUUGGAAGCCUCUCCUCUUGCAGGGCCCGCAAAGCAGCAACAGGUGCCAGCAGCCCCCUCGACGUGCCAGGCCCCUGGUGCCCAAGGGCUAAGAGCAAGUGCCCUUCUCCGCCCUCCUUCGAGCCGCCCAAGAUGCCCCGGGGGUUCCUGGUGAAGAGGACGCGUCGAGAAGCGCCCAUUUCCUACCGGAUCCGGACCCCGCAGAAGGAGGUGGAUGGCGGCGGGGUGCCGUCGGGCCUGCUGCUCCCCGGCGGGGUCUUGGCCUUGCCCUCCUCCGCCCCGAGGAAGCUGCCCCGGGCCGGGGGCCUGCCAGACUGCCCGGCCCCAGGGCCCGGCCCCCUGCGCCUGGCGGGAAGCGCCGCGCCGGCGGGCAGCUGUCUGGAGCGAGGGGGCCUCCAUUCGGGGUCGCCGGCCCCGGGCGCGUCCGCCCCGACGUGCGCCUCGCAGGCUCUGGGCACCGGGUCGGCUUGCGCGCCGUCGGCUAAGCAGCCCAGCGCCCUGGCGCCCGCGAAGAGGGCCGUCGGGGGUGGCGGCGCAGCCCCUGCCCGAGGGGCGGUGGUGCUGCUGGGCGCCUUCGUGUGCCAGCUGUGCCAGGAGUCCUACCCGGGCCCGUUGGCGCUGGCGCAACACUGCUGCUCCCGCAUCGCCCGCGUCGAGUACCGCUGCCACGAGUGCAGCAAGGCCUUCAGCUGCCCGGCCAACCUGGCUUCCCACCGGCGCUGGCACAAGCCCCGGGGCGGCGGCGGUCACGCGGGGGGCACCACCAAGGAGAACGAGAGCCCCGGCGCCGCCGAAGGGAGCUACUGCUGCUCGCAUUGCCCCAAACGCUUCCGCCGCCGGGCCUACCUUGGCAAGCACUUGGCCCUGCACAGCGCCGGAGGGCAGGUGCUGUCCGAAAGCCAGUGCCUCCGCGGCAAUCUCGCCCCUUGGCCCAAUAAACCCUUUUAAGAAACCCCGCCAGGACCGGGAUCGAGGACGCCCUCUCAGACAGUGCUGAGAAGGGGUGGGGGGCAGCAUUGCCAAGGCCUGGCCCCACAGGCUCCUGCCCCAGCUGUCCGGAUUGGGGAGCCAGGGCUAGCCAGGCACCCGUGUUGUGCCACCGGCCGUUCUCCAUCACCCGCAGCCUGCAGGACAGAAAACGAACUCCUGUGUGAUCCGAAGGCUGGCACCUUUUCUCGAUGAUUUUUUCAGUGUGACUCUGAAGCUGCUACGGCCUUUGCGGGGGACCUAAAUGUAUUGUUUUAUUUGUUGGGAGCCAGAGUGCAGAACUUCUGUUGCACUUCACAACGGAUUCUUGCAUGGACCCUGAACUAAGAUCUGUGGCGCCAGAUUACAAAGACUAUCUCGACUUUCUCAGUUCCCAGUUUCCAGCUGAAACUGUGCAGUAAGAAUGGCGGUUCCCGGCAUGUGCAGCCUCUCCAAGAAGAGACUGAAAUGCAAGAGGCAUCAUCCAGUGAAGAACUGAUCUUCCAGUGUGGUUUUCAGGGUGCAAGGGAAUAGGAAGUGGGUAUUAGUGAGAAUGCCGGCAGCUGGAAUUUGAGAUUGUGAUUGUGUGAUAGUAAAAGAAGCGUUUU